AUGGACACUGUCUUCCAGCACCUCUUGAGGUUCAUAGACCAGGACGGCAACACGCGGUAUGGAGAGGCAGGCUCGACCACAGACCCGGCCGAACUCGUCGGCGCAUCUAUUCAAAUCUUCGAGGGGAGCGAACCGUGGGAUUCGGGUUUCCGAGCAAGUAGCACGCACAAGGUAGUCAAGGAGGUUCUGUCGCCUCUCCAAACUACGCCGAUAUUCUACUGCGUUGGGCUGAAUUAUCGCAAACAUAUCGAGGAAACGGGGGGCGAAUUCUGCGUUAUAAUCGGCCGACCCUGCAAAGAUCUCGAUUCGUCGCAAGAUGUAAGACCAUACAUCCUGGGCUACACAGUCGGCAACGAUGUGAGCUGUCGUUACUGGCAACAGCGCGCAGGGGCACCGUAUUCCAAAUCGUUCGAUCAAUUUGGCCCCAUCGGCCCUGUCAUCGCGUCCGCCAAAGUCGUCGGCGACCCUGGCAAUCUUCAUCUAACCACCAAAGUCAAUGGAGAGACUCGACAAGAUGCGAGCACGGCUGAUUUUCUGUUCAACGUGGACGAGAUCAUCAAGUUUCUAAGCCGGGGGAGGACCCUAGCACCAGGCACUGUCAUCAUGACGGGGACGCCGUCAGGGAUUGGCAUGGCGAAGAAUCCUCCGGUCUGGAUCAAGGACGGAGACGUGGUGGAAGUUGAGAUUGAAAAGGUGGGAAUCAUUCGUAACAAGUUCGUGGUCCCUCUGCAGAGGGAGGUCAGGCUGUAG